AUGCGAUGGUCUCUUGAAAGUGGUACAACUGAAGGAACGGAGAUCCUUCGUCUGGUUGAUUGUGCAGGAAUGGCUAUUGAUAAUAAGGGCGCACUCUAUGUUAGUAAUGUGGAUUCACGUGAUAUUAGAAGAUACAACAAAAAUAGCAUCACAGGUAUGGUCGUAGCUGGUGGAAACGACGAAGGAUACGGUCUUCAUCAACUCGGAUACCCCACUUACGUCACAAUCGAUAGUGAAGGCACGAUCUACGUGACUGACGAUAUGAAUCAUCGUGUGAUGAAAUGGGUAGAAGGUGCGAAAGAAGGUAUUGUCGUGGCUGGUGGUCACGGAUCAGGAAAUGGUCUUACACAAUUGUCAUAUCCUGCAGCAGUCGUUGUCGAUCAAUUGGGCACUGUCUAUGUGGCUGAUUCUGGCAAUGCUCGAAUCAUGCGCUGGCCCAAAGGAGCUACAGAGGGAAGUGUGAUUGUUGGUGGAAACGGCGAAGGAGGACAAUUGAACCAAUUGUAUCAGCCAGAGGGUUUGUCGUUCGAUCGACACGGUAAUCUCUAUGUUGUCGAUCAAAAAAAUUAUCGAGUACAAAAAUUCGACAUCGAUUCAAAUAAAUAA